AUGACCGGGGAGAAGAUCCGCUCACUGCGGAGAGACCACAAGCCCAGCAAAGAAGAGGGGGACCUGCUGGAACCCGGGGAUGAGGAAGCGGCGGCUACCCUAGGCGGCACCUUUACGGGAGGCAGGCUUGGGACAGGCGGCGGCGGCAAGGGCGGCAAAGCCUGUCAUAAGAUCUUCAGUAACCAUCACCGCCGGCUGCAGCUGAAGACAGCUCCGGCCUCCUCCAACCCCCCUGGCGUCCCGGCCCUGCCGCUGCACGGUUCCUCCGUGACUACCACCUCCCAGUCCCCGGCUCUUCUAGCGGGCACCAACCCCAUUGCUGUCGUCGCAGAUGGAGGCAGUUGUCCCGCACACUACCCGGUACACGAGUGCGUCUUCAAGGGGGAUGUGAGGAGACUGUCCUCUCUCAUCCGCACGCACAAUAUCGGGCAGAAAGAUAAUCACGGAAACACUCCUUUACACCUUGCUGUGAUGUUAGGAAAUAAAGAAUGUGCUCAUUUACUUUUGGCUCAUAAUGCUCCAGUAAAGGUGAAAAAUGCUCAGGGAUGGAGCCCGCUGGCGGAAGCCAUCAGCUAUGGAGAUAGACAGAUGAUUACAGCUCUUUUAAGGAAGCUUAAGCAGCAAUCCAGGGAAAGUGUUGAAGAGAAACGACCUCGAUUAUUAAAAGCCCUGAAAGAGCUAGGUGACUUUUAUCUGGAACUUCACUGGGAUUUUCAAAGCUGGGUGCCUUUACUUUCCCGAAUUCUGCCUUCUGAUGCAUGUAAGAUAUACAAACAAGGUAUCAAUAUCAGGCUUGACACUACUCUCAUAGACUUUACUGACAUGAAGUGCCAACGAGGGGAUUUAAGCUUCAUUUUCAAUGGGGAUGCGGCACCCUCUGAAUCUUUUGUAGUAUUAGACAAUGAACAAAAAGUUUAUCAGCGAAUACACCAUGAGGAAUCAGAGAUGGAAACAGAAGAAGAGGUUGACAUCUUAAUGAGUAGUGAUAUUUACUCUGCAACUUUAUCAACCAAAUCGAUUUCUUUCACACGUGCCCAAACAGGAUGGCUUUUUCGGGAAGAUAAAACAGAAAGAGUAGGAAACUUUUUGGCAGACUUUUAUCUGGUGAAUGGACUUGUUUUAGAAUCAAGAAAAAGAAGAGAACAUCUUAGUGAAGAAGAUAUUCUUCGAAAUAAGGCCAUUAUGGAGAGUUUGAGUAAAGGUGGAAACAUAAUGGAACAGAAUUUUGAGCCGGUUCGAAGACAGUCCCUUACCCCUCCUCCUCAGAACACUAUUACAUGGGAAGAAUAUAUAUCUGCUGAAAAUGGAAAAGCUCCUCAUCUGGGUAGAGAACUGGUGUGCAAAGAGAGUAAGAAAACGUUUAAAGCUACAAUAGCCAUGAGCCAGGAAUUUCCCUUGGGAAUUGAGUCAUUAUUGAAUGUUUUGGAAGUAAUAGCUCCCUUCAAGCACUUUAACAAGCUUAGAGAAUUUGUUCAGAUGAAGCUUCCUCCAGGCUUUCCUGUAAAACUAGAUAUUCCCGUGUUUCCUACGAUCACAGCCACUGUGACUUUUCAGGAGUUUCGAUAUGAUGAAUUUGAUGGCUCCAUCUUUACUAUACCUGAUGACUAUAAGGAAGACCCAAGCCGUUUUCCCGAUCUUUAA